AUGCCGCCACCAGAGAGGAAAUGGAAAGAGGGUAGUUUUAUCCCAACAAUUGAACAAUUUACUAUUACCCAUUCUGGAAUUUCAAACAACUUACUAAACACUUCUUUAGAAACACCAUUUGACUUCUUUGAACUUUUUUUCGACUCAUCAUUUGUUGGAAAUAUUGUUACACAAACUAAUAUUUAUCGAAAUCAGACCAAUUUUACUGCUGCAGCAAAAACGGCUCCAUGGACCGAUACAAAUAUUCCAGAAAUGUAUGUCUUUUUUGUUGCCACUAUACUCAUGUCUUAUACCAAGAAAAAUCGUAUAAAAGAUUUCUGGUCCACGGAUAAUCUUAUUGCAACACCAAUUUUCGGUAGACUAUUUACACGGAACAGAUAUUUAUCACUUUUACGUUAUUUGCAUUUCAACGACAAUACAUGUGCCACUCCCGGUGAUCGACUUGUGAAAUUAAAACCUAUUUUACUGAAUUUGAAAGAAAAAUUCAGUAAAUCAAUGUAUCCAUACAAAAAUCUUGAGAUCGAUGAAAGUCUGAUGUUGUGGCGAGGAAAGCUACUAUUCAAGCAAUACAUACCAUCUAAGCGUCAUCGAUUUGGCGUUAAAUUAUUUGUAUUAUGCGACUGUAAAACUAAACUUAUAUUGGAUUUUAUUGUAUACACGGGAAGUACAACUGAAAUAAAAGAUUUUCCUUCAUUGGGAAUAUCAGAAUCAAUCGUCACGACACUCAUGGAAAAAUAUCUUCACGUUGGUCAUGUACUUUAUUUGGAUAAUUGGUACUCCAGUCCCACUUUAUAUGAAACACUUCAUGACAUGAAAACUGGAGCUUGUGGAACAGUCCGCUCAGAUAGUAUUGGACUGCGGAAAAUUCUCAAGAAAUUGAAAGCAGGAGAAAAAGUAUCUCAAUUUACUGAUAACCUCUUAUAUCUCAGAUGGUAUGAUAAGAGGGAGAUAAACAUGUUGACUACUAUCCAUAACGAUGACAUGAUUCGAACUGAAAAAAUCAAUCACAUCACAAAUGAACCAGUUGUAAAACCGCGAUGUAUUGUGGACUACAACUCAAAUAUGGGAGCAGUAGAUAACACAGAUAUGCAAGUAAGUUUUUCUGAAUGUGUCAGAAAAACAAUUAAAUGGAACAAAAAGUUAUUUUUUCACAUUAUGGACAUGACUCUUCUGAAUGCUUACAUUAUGUACAAGGAAAAAACUGGGAAAAGACUUAAGUUUUUAGAUUAUCGUCUAGAAGUUGUACGUGAGAUCGUUCACAAGUUUGGAAAUAUGAAAAAAGAAGGUAAAGGAAGACCAUCAUUGUCAUCAACACCUCUUCGUCUUACCGAAAGACAUUUUCCAUCCCGAAUACAACCAAAUGGCAAGCAAGCUAUCCGAAGACGAGCAUGUAUUGUCUGCAGUAGAACAGAACUUGGACCAAAAAAGCGUACCGAUACUUUAUAUGAAUGUGUGGAGUGUCUAUGUGUCGAUGACUGUUUUAAAAAAUAUCAUACUUUAAACCGUUUUUAA